AUGGAAGACAGCAGACAUUCUAUUGCUACAGAGAUCAAAGACUUAAGAAAUAGUCAUGAUGAAUUAAGAAAUGGUAUAAAUGUGAUGCAAAAUAAACUAGAUACAGUGACAAUGAGGAUGGAAGAAGUAGAGGAGAGAACCGGUGAAAUAGAAGCCCAGGGGGCAAAGGGGAGCAAUCGGAAUUUGACUCCCUUGGUCCAGGGGGUUUCACUGGUGGCAGCAGUCGCCGUGAGACAAUCUACUUCCAAUCCCCUAGAUCUAGUUCUGACUCAUUUUAAAGAGGUUCAAACUCAAGCCCACAAUCUAGCAAUAGAGGUCAAGAAGGAAAAGAUGGAAAAACUCUGUAAAUCUGAGUGGCCCACCUUUAAUGUGGGUUGGCCACCUGAGGGUACCUUUUACCUCCCCAUCAUAGAAGCAAUAGAAGAAAGAGUUUUCCAACGUAUGGGGUGCCAUCCACAUCAGAUCCCAUACAUUGUUGUCUGGAAGGACCUGGUCACUAACCCACCCAUUUGGGUGAAAUCCUUUCCCUCUCCAGUAUCUUCUCAGGUUCUGGUGAAUCGAAACCCAGAAGAAGAAAAGCCAAGACGAACUAUGACCUCACUCUCAGCACCCCCCUACCCAGUUUUGCAGGAAGGAGUGGAUGAGGAUCUCCUCUUUCCCCCUCCACCUUACCAACCCGCUCCAACUCCCUCAGACUCUGCUCCUAAUGUCCCAUUGCCGCCACAGCCAUCUUCCUCUGCUCCAUCCCCUUCCAUUGAAAGAGGCCCAGCAUACGGGACCUGUGGCUGAAGGGGCACCACCCCAGACUCCACAAUGUUCCCCUUGCGAGCCGCAGGACCUAUAGACGAGGCAGGAAAUCAGCCUCAUCAUUAUUGGCCCUUUGCCUCUUCUGACCUUUAUAAUUGGAUCUCAAGACCCCCCUACUCAGAGAACCCCAAGGGCCUCAUUGGGUUAUUAGAAACUGUACUCUUUACUCACCAACCCACUUGGGAUGAUUGUCAGCAAUUGUUGCAGGUUCUGUUUACAACUGAGGAGCAAGAACGGAUCCUGCUGGAAGCACGAAAAUUUGUUCCUGGUCCAACAGGAGUGCCCAUCAUAAACCCUGCUAACAUCAAUGCCGGAUUUCCCCUUGUCCACCCCAAUUGGGAUUAUAACACAGGAGAAGGUAAGGAGCACCUCAAGGUCUCUUGCCAGGCUCUGUUGGCAGGUCUCAAAGCGGCCGCUAAGAGGCCCACUAAUCUGACUAGGGUAUAUGAUAUAAGGCAGGAGGCAGACGAAAGCCCCGACGCUUUUCUAGAGCAGGUGAUGGGAGCCUUCAGACAGUACCCGUUCGAUCCAGAGCACGCAGAUCAUAAGUCAACUGUGGUAAUGGCUGUCAUUAACCAGGCUGUGCCCGACAUUAAGAGAAAACUACAAAAAGUCGAGUGCCUUGGAGACAAGACUCUCCGAGAUCUAGUAGAGAUAGCAGAAAGAGUGUACAAUAACAAGGACAGUGCUGAGGAAAAACAAGUAAAGGCAGAAAAAAGACAAAAUAGAGAUUUAGCUAGAGUGUUGCGGGCCAUGACUGCAAACCCAGAGGACCGCCACCACCAAUUAAAGAAAAUUGCUGGAAGAAGAGGACAAGAAAGAGACCCAGAGCGCCACAGGACACCAAUAGGUAAGAAUCAAUGCGCCUAUUGUAAAGAGAAAGGACACUGGCUCAGAGACUGCCUAGGAGACAAAGCACCUAAAGUGUUAUUCGCUGGGGAAGAUAGUGAUUACGGAGGACAGGGUUCGGAACCCCUCCCUGAACCCAGGGUAACUCUUAAGGUGGAGAGGAAAUCAACUAACCUCUUGGUGGACACUGGGGCUCAACACUCGGUAUUAUCAGAGGCCAAGGGGCCUGCCUCAAGUAAGCGAUCUUGGGUCCAAGUUGCCACCGGUACCGAACAGUAUUCAUGGACUAUCCCAGACUGUCCUUACCCCCUGCUGGGGAGAGACCUUGUAUCAAAAAUGAAGGCCCAGAUUCAUUUUGGCCUGCAAGGAGCCCCUAACUCCUGCCUGGUGCUAAUGACUGCUUUUGAGUGGCAUGAUCCUGACAUUGGCAUUCACGGGCAGCUGACUUGGACUUGAUCCCCUCAGGGGUUUAAAAACUCCCCUACCAUCUUCGAUGAGGCACUGCAUAAAGAUUUGGGUGAGUACCGGAGGGAAAACCCAGACGUUACAUUGGUGCAGCAUGUUGGUGAUCUGAUCACAGCCACCUCUGAAGAAAGCUGCCUUCAGGGUUUGGGAUACAUCCUCAAGGAUGGACAUAGAUGGUUGUCUACGGCCAGAAAGGACACCAUCCUCCACAUACCCCCACCUAAAAACCCCACACAAAUGAGAGAGUUCUUGGGGUCGGUGGGAGUUUGCAGAUUGUGGAUUCCAGGCUUUGCAGAAAUUGCUAAGCCCUUGUAUGAACUGACCAAAGACAAGAGUGAGUUUCAAUGGACCCCUGAACAUCAACAAGCAUUUGAAACUCUAAAAACAGCUCUCUUGUCAGCACCAGCACUGGGGCUUCCUGACAUUACUAAGCCUUUCCACCUGUUUGUGGAUGAAAGUAAAAGGGUGGCCAAGGGUGUGCUAACCCAGACGCUAGGACCCUGGAAAAGACCAGUGGCCUACUUGUCCAAACGCUUGGACACUAUAGCGGCCAGAUGGCCCCCCUGUUUAAGGACUGUGGCUGCAGUGGCGUCUUUAGUUAAGGACGCCGAUAGAUACUUUCUCAGGGUGAACUAA